AUGGCAGCUUCCAUUUGUUUACACCAGUACAACCAGCAGAUGACUGCUGCUCACUAUAGAAUAAGUUUGUUGUUAUUGAAUGGUGGGGCGAAGGCACUUACCCUGCAACAAUGUCCUGGUCUUAGUAUUUCAGUCUCACACUCAUCUGCUAUCAGCAUGCAAAGCAAGACAGCAGCUCCAAAUGUCUCAAAAGCUACUUCCUGGAAGGGAGACAUUGUUUCAAAGACACUGCAACUCAAUUUCUUGAAAGAGGUUGUCACAAAAAAGCAAACAGCACAGAUCAACAUGUCUCAAAACGAGGUUUCUAGUUAUGAAUGCUUUGCAGACAGUGUGCAUGCAAAUAGCUGCAAAUUACUAGAGAAUGCUGGUGAAGAAGGUUGUCGUACCUAUUCUCGAAAUGUCAUUAUUAGUGCAGUGGAAAAUCGUGGGAAGAGCAUUGUGCACUUCGAGUAA